AAGCGCAGGUACCGUGAGUGUCUGGCUGGUCUGCCCCGAAAAUGUCAAAUUCAAAUCACUGUACCGUCAAGGACAAGAAUUUGUUUCCAGAUGACUUAGAUGAAGAAAGUGUGGUUUUAACACUUGUCCCAGUUACAGAGGAGCCUUUUGAAGAAGUUAUGCAAUCCAAUGUUCCAACAGCAGGCAAUCUCAACCUAGAGACACCGAAGAAUAACAAAGAUCUUCCACAAACAAAUGACAACAAUUCCUUGAGAACUCGUUGGAAAAAGCCCGUGGAUCCAUUGCCUGCUGUCUUGCCUCCUAUUACUGAGGUGUCUCGUGAUGCCUUGCGUAACUGGUGCCAACAAUUUAACCUGAGUACAGAUGGCCAGAAAAUAGAAGUGUAUUUGAGGCUCCUGAAGCAUAGAUAUCCCGAACAACAAAAUUAUAUUCCCAAAACAUCAAAGGAGGCCAGAAUGAUGCCAUAUUCCAAGAACAACUAUAAGAGGGAAAGAAGUCGGCAGAAAAGAAGUAGUAUAAGUGAAAAGGCCAAUACACGCAGGGACACUGUUGGAAAUGAGUCUGGCCUAGAAUUGAAAGGUAAUAUAGUGGAAGUAGUAACUUCUGCCCAAGCAUCUAUGUUGGCAUCUUGGACACGAAUUGCUGCAGAAACUCCUGAAGCCAAGACAGUGAAGUUUUGUCCUACUGAGUCAACCAUAGAGACAUUUUUGCUGCCGGCCCCUGGUGUCAGGUGGUGCGUAGUCCAUGGCAGACUUCUCCCAGCAGAUGGGAAGGGAUGGGUGCGCCUGCAGUUUUGUGCAGGUCAGACCUGGGUCCCCAACUCUCGCAAGACAAUGAUUUCUCUCUUCCUGUUACCAGCCUGUUUAUUCCCAACCCCAGGACUAGAAGAUAAUAUGUUAUGUCCUGAAUGUGUCAAAAGGAAUAAGAAGAUGCUGAAAACAAUUAAUUGCAAUAGGAGAUAAAAGAAAAAGGCAUACUUUGGGAGACUACAAUCCAUCUCAAAUAUACUACCUUCAAGAUGUUAAUUUAUUUUGGUGUGAAGGCAAAUAAGAACAAACAAAGGCUUUCUGCUUUCUCACAAAACAGGAUGUAUGUUUGCAGAAUUUCCUCCUCCAUCUUUACCAGGACAACUGGCUUUGAGUCUGCAGAUAAUCUCCUGUUCUGGGUCCUAGCUAAGCUCAGUGUCUCCUAAUUCCUAGAGUGAGUUUUAGCUAUUAUAGGAAACAGCUGUUUUGUUUUUGUUUUCUUUCUUUCUUUUUCUUUUUUUUUUGCCAGAACUAAAGUUUGA